CCCCAGUGAACAAGAUGCUGGAAGUACAGGAAGAGAAAGGGGAAAGAUGGUGCGCGGCAAAAAAUUGUACGCUAUCUGAAGAACAUGACCAGGACCCGUCAGUUUUAUAGAGGGACAGUAUUGUUGCUGUUGACCACGUGUGCGAACGAAGGCAUCACUCUCCCCGGUGGGAUUAGACAUAAACAAUGACACGGAGACAAAAUAUGGUUGCGGGGUUUCCCUGGAUGAGUGAAGUAGAUUUGCAUUUUUUCAACAAUAUGGAUACAAUCUGGCCUUAAUAGUUCCUUAACUACGAGUUCAUUCUUCUUCCGCUUCACAAUCUCCGAAAUAGCAGAUCAGUUAGUGUUUCUCUGUCUUCAGACAAAGAAUACAAGUAGUAGUAGUACGAUUUAUAAUAUAGAUUUAGUAAAAGUUACUAAUUACAAUUAGGCUCAGCUUUUCUCUAGCCCAAGUCAAAAAACAAAAAUGGCGAAGAUUAUCUCUGUAAAAGCCCGUGAGAUUUUCGAUUCUCGCGGAAACCCGACCGUUGAGGUCGAUUUGGCUACAACCAAUGGCCUUUUCCGUGCUGCAGUGCCCUCUGGUGCUUCCACUGGAAUUUAUGAGGCCUUGGAGCUCCGUGAUAAGGACCCCGCCCGUCUCAUGGGAAAGGGUAAUCAUUUGUUUUGCCAUUUUUUGUGUUCUUGAAAUCCAACACGGUUGGUCUACGGAAACGGUGGAAUUUCGUUUCUGUAGCGUCUUGGAAGCACACCUUCAGCGCUCCUCAUCCCCCUUCUGGACACGCUCGAACAUAAUUUCCAGGUGUUUUGAAGGCUGUUGAGAAUGUUAACGAUAUUAUUGGCCCGAAAUUGGUCGGCAUGGACCCCACGGCCCAGGCUGAAAUCGAUAAGAAAAUGGUUGAAGAUCUCGAUGGAAGCCAGAAUGAGUGGGGUUGGUCCAAGAGCAAGCUCGGUACCAUUGUUUUCAUAGCGAAUCUACUACAAUGAAGGGUCGGAUAAUUGAUAUGUGAUCUGGUUGCAACUUUUCAAUAAAGAUUAACCUCAUAUAUACGAGAAGAUUAUUCUACAUAGAUGAACCACAACCACAGGUGCCAACGCUAUUCUCGCGGUUUCCAUGGCUGUGUGUCGUGCCGGUGCUGCAGCGCAGCAGAUGCCGCUUUACAAACAUAUUGCCGGUCUCGCCCGCGUGGAAACUGACUCCUUUUUAAUGCCAGUCCCGUCUUUUAACGUUAUCAACGGUGGAUCGCAUGCGGGAAACAAGUAAUGUUUUUUUAUCGUUCAAGCAUGCUGAGACAUCGAAUCUUGGGUUUUGUAUGGUGUAUGUUGUCAUGAUUCUAGUGUCCCGGGAAAGGUCGCUUCGCAUCUAACAGUAGGAGCCCCCAAGAAAAAAUAUUCAACGCCACGCUCCAAAAAAAAAAAAUUCAACGCCAGGCUUGCUUGCCAGGAAUUCAUGAUUUUGCCGGUGGGUGCUGCCUCCUUCCGUGAGGCAAUGCAAAUUGGGGCUGAAGUGUAUGCCCAUUUGAAGAAAGUAGUAACGAAGAAAUACGGCCAAGAUGCGGCUAACGUCGGCGAUGAAGGAGGAUUUGCCCCAAAUGUGCAGGACAAUAACGAGGCGCUUAGCGUUCUGAUGGAAGCUAUCAAGAACUCCGGUCACGAAGAAAAGGUACUGUCUGUGUCCAUUACUUAGCAUUGAAGAUGAAGACUUUAACUAUGUAUGAUUUUUUUUCCUCGGACAACAGAGAAAACAAUAUAUUUUUUAUCAACUGGUCGCUUCGGAAAUUCUUACUUCUACAACGUCGAGUUUGACUAUGUCACGACAGGUCCGUAUUGGAACUGACGUUGCCGCCAGUGAGUUUUAUCAGGAAGGAAAAUACAACCUCGGCUGGAAGAACCCAGAAGCAAAGGAUGAAUCGCAGAAGAAAACGGCUAAUGAGAUGAUCCAGUACUACAAGAGCGAGUGGAUUGAGAAGUACCCCUUCGUUUCCAUCGAAGAUCCGUUUGACCAGGAUGACUGGGAGGCAUACACCAGCUUCACAGCACAAGUUGGUACUACUGUUUUUUGUACGUUCGUCAGCUUGUACUGAAGACAAACUGUAGAUGAUCAUCUUCUCUUCGUAGAGGUAGAUAGCAUGAAGAACUGACCAACCUUACAACCUAUUCCGUUACUUAACUGCGGUCACAUCUUCGGUAAGCGGGCCUUCCAAACACAACACUUUUACCCUUCAACAGGUAAAGAGAUUCAAGUCGUGGGUGACGAUUUGUUGGUCACUAACCCGAAGCGUGUUCAGAAGGCAAUUGACACCUCAGCGUGCAAUGCUCUCCUGCUGAAGGUGAACCAGAUUGGUAGCAUUACUGAGGCCAUUGAGGCCGCACAGAUGGCCAGAGAGCGAGGUUGGGGCGUUAUGGUUAGCCACCGAUCGGGUGAGACGGAAGACGUCUUCAUCGCGGACCUUGUUGUCGGACUGCGAACAGGACAAAUCAAGACGGGAGCCCCGUGCCGUUCCGAGCGCCUGGCAAAGUACAACUUCACAUUAGAUUAUUACUGCUUUGUUCGGAUUCGGUCAUUGGAUCCUAGGUAAUAGACGUGAGUAAGUACGGGCAGUAAUUUUUUGGUUGACAUCGUUGGCGUUCAGAGAUGAGAAUGAGAUGUUUUCCCAUUAUUGAAUUUGAAGGAAACGCUGAGAGAGUUACUCCGUUUCUGUGUACGUUUGGGUUUUCAUCCUUAGUUAGCUGCGAGAGAAAAUUAGCUUCAUCGACGUUGCACAUGGACACGCAGGGUUAUGCUAUUCCUACCACACAUGUACGCAUCAAUUUGUCGCCAUUGUCCAAUCCCAGGUACAACCAGCUGCUCCGAAUUGAAGAGGAGUUGGGCGGAAAGGCGUUGUUCGCGGGUGAGAAAUUCCGCAACUUUGACCGAAAGAACUAAGAUUUUCCUCGAAGGUCAUAAAAACAGACUCGCUGCUGAUUCUGCUACUGGGAGCCGAGUCGUGGAGCUUCGAAUUGCCGGUGUAAUUGUAAUCUAGUAUACAUUUUUUUUUACGUCAACGUCAGAUGUGAAAGAGGAUUUUGCUCGUGGUGCUGACGGUUGGAUGGAGUUCGCCUUGGGGUUCUCUUUGACUUUGAGAAGCCGAGGCUGUGACCGCCUCAGCACGCGCUGCCAGGCAUGAUGGUACUUGCCCGUAGUCGUCACUGCGAUUCACUGUGAAGAUCGACACGUCCUACAUAGCUACUGACUCACGCCGCAAGUGAUACCAAAGCACUUGUUUUUGAAUUUAUUGUAGUUGAUGAUGAGAUGGAGAUAGGCUUCACAUAAACAAUUGAAGAUAUAUGAACGACUUUGCCAUACUCAUAUGGAUCUCUUAAUGCCUUCAACUUUUUCGCGCACGUAUUCUCGUUGAAGUGUGGCCUGGAAGCGUGUUACUAGAUGCCUUUUGCUUCGGAUACAGGAUGGCGACGUUAGUUACAACAUGUGAUCACUUCUACUAACUGACCACAGAAAUUUCCACUGAGUUCUCGUUGCUAUUCACUGCUGCAGGACGGGCACAGAAAAUCGAUAGAUCGUGGAUUUCCAUUUUCCUUCGUCACUAACUUGCUCCUGUGCGAUGCCCAUGUAUCAACACAUUUUCCCGGAUCCCCUCACAGGCUUCCACUCCCUGCAUAGCCCAAGCUACUUGCCGAUUAUUUUCCCGAAACACCGGAUGUUUCCUCGUCCAGCACUGCUCCAGUAUUAAAACCCGUUGAUCAUAAUGUUUGUAGAACCACUCAACUUCCAUACUUCAUAUUUUUCAAAGACAUACUCCGCCUAAUCAGUAUCACUGGUUGUUCUUGGAAGAUUUUCCCGCCCUUCGUGGCAUAUCCAAACCACACGCGAACCCCACACAGGUGCGCUGAUGGUUCAAUCGGCAAUAUGGAUAUUGUCGUUACUGACUAAAAUUCACUUGCUGUUUCUGAUUGUGAUGAUAUACAGAGAGAAUAGCUAACGAGGAACAAAUACAAAUACCUAUUUGCCUCUCGAGGCAUGCAGUUCUUUCUCACGCAGGAGAGCUUUGCAUUUCUUGGUAUAUGGGGCACAGUGUCUGCCAACAUUUUGUUGCGAAACACGACAAAAAAUGAGACAAAGGCUGUAUCUGUCGUGGCUAAGAUUGUAUGAUCUGAGAUGUUGGUAGGAAGUCAAUUGUAAUUCUGAGACUCAGACUCGGCCCCGAACAAGCUUGCCCCUCUAGGAGAGACCCAGCC